AUGUCCGGACCCGAUCCACGUCCUACCACCGAGUCCUGGGACCACUACAUGGCACGAUUAGGCCUUCCAGCCAACGCGAAACCGCUCGACUUUCCAGAUGAAGCAGCGAGAUACGAUACCAGUGUGACAGUUGCAGAGGACUAUGCUGCGCAUUUGAAGGCUCGGAGGGAGAUGUUGAGGGAGAGGGCGGCGAGGGCUAGGGCGAAGGCGGUGAAAGAGAAGGAGGAGGAGGAAGAAAAGGAAAAGCUGGAGGCUGAGGCGGAAGAAGCGAGGGUGCGGAGGUAUGAGGAGGAGGAGGAAGAAGAAGAAGGGGACGCAAAUGCGGAAGGUGCGAGUAAAGGCAGUGGUACUAUUGUCGCGGAUAGGGAGGGUAUUGAGGUGUCAAAGCGACGAAAUAUCUUUGGUAGGCUGAAGUCGUAUCUAGGACGGAGGGUAUUUGGGAAAUGUAGGAAGGAAGCUUGA